AACGCUGGGAAGGAGGAUGUGUGUGUGUUGAAGAGCAACGUACUCGGUGAUCGAAGUUUUUGCAGACAAUAUAUAUUUUGAAGAAGUAAAGGAACAAAAGUAACAGAUUCGAAAACGUAUACAUCUUCAUUUUAAUAAUUUGAAAAAAUUUGACUUCUGGGAGGAACUUUAAUAAACACGGAAGUGCAACUUCAAGGACAAAGUAAAUGGGAUUUGCUGCUGAACUUCAAGGCAAGACUUCCCAUGAAGCCCUUAUUAACUUACAAGAUGCAGAACUUCGAUUGCUUGAAAACAUGAGACGAUGCAUCCAACUUAGGAUAAAGUGUGACAGAGAAUAUGCAGUAGGAUUGAGCUCUUUCAGUCUUUUGGGGCAAAAGGUGGAAGAGAACCAUGAACUGAGUGGAAGUCAGAUUGGUGAGGCAUGGAAUAGUAUUUUAUUGGAAGCUGAAACUCGCAGUAACCUCAUACAACAGAAUGCUGAUCAUUUGGGAUCACACACUUUAGACUGUGUGAAUAGUCUUAUUCUAGAAAAACGGGCCCUAAGAAAGCAUUUCACAGAGGAAUACAGCCGACUGCAUGGAGAACUAAUCAAGUUUCAAGAUGGGGUAGGGAAAACAAAAGUAGAAUAUGAAAAGUGCCUGGAAUCAUUCAAAACAGCAAAAGCAAAGUUUGAAGAUUUGUAUAUAAGAGGGAAAGUACAAAAGAAAUUGGAGGAGUCCAGAGAACGACUACUGAAAGUUUCGAGAAAACUGCAUCGAAUGCAUAAUGAAUAUGUAUUAUUAAUAAAAGAAGCUAAAAUAUAUGAAGAGAACUUUAGAGAAAAACUGAUUCCUCAUUUGAUGAAUUUUCAGGAAUCUGUUCUACAAGAAUCGGCUGCAUCAUGGAAAGAACUUUUAAAAGACUACUGCAAGUUUACAGACCUUACUGGAGAAAAGUUUCAAGCUAUUCAGAAAAAAAUGGCUGAUAGCAUUGAUGCCGUUGCUGUUUCAGAAGAAUAUAAAGUGUUCAUUCAGAAGAACAGAUCACAACCAAGCAAUGGGAUGCAAUUUGAGUUUGAUCAGUCUUUACUAGAUGAAUAUAGUGGAAAGUUAGAACCAAACCAACUUGUAAUGGAUUCUUUUACAUAUGAUGUCUUAAGAGAUAGGGCUGAAGACUUAGAUAACAAGUUAAGCAACUGCAGAGCAGAAAUGAAAACUAAGAAGUUUCAACUAGAGCAGUAUGUGAGAGAUAUGAAUGCCUUAAAAAAUUCUCCAGAUGAGGUUGAACUAGUUAAAAUUAAACAAAGAGCCAUUGACAUAGUGAACAAGGAAAUUGAAGAAAUGCAGUGUCAUGAGUUGAGGUGGCAACAGCUGUUUGACCUCAUAAACAAUAGAUUUGGAGCUAUAGGCCCAGAGGGGCCUGCAUCUGCUCUUGACCUGGGAGAAAAUAUUCACAGUGAUCAGGUCUCAGAAGAACCAUUUGCUUUUAAUACCUUAAGUAAAAAAGCAGCAAGAAGUUUAGUUGAAAAACUAAAAAGUCCAUUUCUCAGAAAACCGAUUGUGAGUGCUGAUCCUCCUUGUCCUCCAGCUAAGGAUUUUAUGGAGAAUCACUGUGGCAGCUUUAAUUUUCAUGAUACUAGUGCUGGAAUUGAAACCAAACGUGCCAGGGAGAAUCCUGGGUAUAGAAGCCUGCAGGAUGAAGAUUGGUUUCAUGGAGUCUUACCUCGUGAAGAAGUUGUCCGGUUACUCAGGAAUGAUGGAGACUUUUUGGUAAGGGAGACUACAAGGAAUGAAGAGAGACAAAUAGUUCUGUCAAUUUGUUGGCAAGGUCACAAGCAUUUUAUUAUACAGACAACUGUUGAGGGAGGAUAUAGGUUUGAAGGUCCAGUUUUUGCUACUAUUCGUGAGCUGAUACAAUACCAACAUCACUCGGGUCUACCUGUUACAGCAAAAUCAGGAGCAAUUCUAAAAACUCCUGUUUCUCGAGAAAGAUGGGAGUUAAAUAAUGAUGACAUUGAUUUAAUAGAAAAGAUUGGAAGGGUUAGUGACAAUUAUAGUUUAUGAUUAAGUUCACAAUUAUUACAAAUAAAUUUCAAUGUGGCAAUAAAGACGUGCCGUGUAAACCUUCCUGAGGAACAAAAGAAAAAGUUUUUGCUAGAGGGUCGCAUUCUAAAACAAUAUAACCAUCCAAAUAUUGUGAAAUUUAUUGGAAUAUGUGUACAGAAGCAGCCUAUCAUGAUAGUAAUGGAACUUGUACCUGGUGGGUCUUUAUUGAACUUUUUAAGGAAUCAUGGUUCUUCACUCUUGCUGAAUGACCUGAUAGCUAUGUGUAUUGAUGCAGCUGCAGGGAUGGAAUACCUAGAAAACCAGAACUGCAUUCAUCGGGACUUGGCUGCUAGAAACUGCCUUAUUGGAGACAACAAUAUAGUGAAAAUAUCUGAUUUUGGUAUGUCACGUAAGAAGAAGAAGUACAUCGUAUCAGAUGGGAUGAAACAGAUACCCAUUAUGUGGACAGCGCCUGAAGCCUUAAACUUUGGAAGGUAUACCUCACUUUGUGAUGUGUGGAGCUAUGGCAUUUUAAUGUGGGAAAUUUUAUCUCUCGGAAGCACGCCUUACUGUGGAUUAUCCAACAGCAGAGCAAGAGAAUUAAUUGACUCAGGGUACAGAUUACCAGCUCCCGAUAACACACCGGACUGUGUGUAUGAAUUGAUGCUGAGAGCAUGGGAGUAUAAUCCUGAAAGAAGACCCCUCUUCAGUGAGAUCCGUAGGACGUUAGAAAGUAUUUCUAAGACGUUGGGUUAAGACUUAUUUUUAUUGUCACUCAAAGAACAAAGUUUCUAAUCUGUUAAUCUGAUAUAUUUAUCUAAAAGUGCAUGUAAAUACUCAAAAUAUGUGGCUCCUAUAAGUAACAAUCUAGUCAGUAUUCCUUAUUUGAGCUUAAUUUUAUGACUAUCCUAAGAUUUUAAAUAUGAUCAAGGAAAGCCAUUUUCUUCCAGACAUAUAUUUCAAGCAAUUUGUGCCUGAUCUUUUAAAGGUGCUUAGAAGUGGUAUAUUCCUCAACAUCAGUAUUAAAAAUGAUUAAAUACCCAUAUUAAGAAAAAGAUUAAUUUUAAUUGGGUUUUACACACCAUGCAACAGAGGGUUGUAUAAAUGAGUAAAAACUAUUCCGUUGAGACUUCAUUCACUUAACGGAAACUUUUCUAUGACGCAAUUUAAACUCGUACAAGUAAUGUUCUUAGUUUAGGUUUGUGUAUUUAAUUAUAAAUACCAUGAGCAAGAACUGAUGUUUUACAAUUAUUUAUGACUAAAAUUACGUUAUAUAAAUGUACCUAGUCAGUAAGAUUUUUAAUUAAUAUUUUGUGUACUUGUAACUGUUACGAGUACGGAACUGAGCUAUGUAAAAUACUUUUUGAAAUAACCAGUAAUUAAACACUUACUUUUGUUCCUCUGUGGCUUACAUCUUCACAAUUUGUUUAGUAUUUAUUUUAUUAUUUUCAUGCAUGCAAUUUGCAAAGUUUAAAUGUGGGCGAACCAGAAUUGCAUAAAAAAAAAUGCUUUUACCAUAUUUACCUGUUAAAAAGAAGAUAAUCUUCUAACAACGAUAAGUAUCUGUCACUCAAGAAUGAUGAUAACUUACUCAUUUUUUAUUGGGUUUAAGAGGUUAAGCUUUUUUUUUUAAGAAUUUUACUAUCUUAUUCAAAUAUUUUAUUGUAUAGAAAAAAUAAAUGUACAAGUUUCACAAAUUUUAAUCCAGCUGCUUAAGUCACUUUGAUAUCUAGUGCUUAGUGUAGGCUGCUAGUUGUGAUAUUUCUGAAAUGUUUAAGAUGUAAGAAAUAAACCUCUAUUAACAGUUUAUAAAUGCUGUUUUUUUUACUGGUGUAUCUUUUAUACAUUGUCCCCUAUAGCAUUACAUAUUUCAAAUGAGUUUUUAUCACUGCAUAAAUUUCGAAAAAUAUUUUGUUUCAUUUGAAUAGCAAUCAGUUGUUGUAACCAAUAAUAUAUGACAGUAAGGUCAGUUUGAAUGAGGGUAAUAUAACUUAGUUUAUAAAAGAUAAAUUAUAUCAAAAAUUUUUUAUUGUUUAUUUUUUAUAAAAUAACAAAUUACUUUACAUUGAUAAUCUGGCUGGUCGCAUAUUUUAGGAAAGAAAAAAAGGGGAUUUUAUUUAAAAUUUAAAUGCUUUGAAAAUCCAGUAAUCAAUUACCUACAGGAUUUUUAGACUUAAAAAAAUUUCUUCUAUAUACUAAAGUUACAUCUGAAUGAUAAAAAAAAAAAGAAUAGUCCCAAGGCUGUCAAUUUUCUAUGUGUAAAUUUAUUUAUUUUUCGAAUUCACAAAAGUUGCUUUUUAAUUCAAACCUUGCAAUGAAGUACAUUUUUAUGAGGUUAAGAAAAAAUUUCAGUGGACUAGUUUUUAGAAAACAAAAUUACACAAUUAGUUGUGUGUGUGUGUGUGUGUGAGUGUGUGUGUGUGUUAUAGAUAAAAUCUGGUAUGAGUAUAAAUCUUAAAUGGUGAUGUAAACACACUGCUUGCUAAAUGUGGCCAAAAUAAUGAUUUUAAUAGGCUAACUUUGUUUAUGGAAUAUUAAUUUAAUAAAAGAAAAUUAAUUGAAUGAUUAUGUAUGUAUGUGUAUUUCACAUGUCAUCAAUAAAGGGACAUUUUAUAUGAUCCAGUAAAUUUUAAGAACCUCUGGCAAGGCUUUUUACGUGCAAAGUCUGAAGUUUUAAUAAACCAACAAUUUCCUUUAUCAUA